AUGGACCAGAAUCGGGCCACACGGCAGGAGGUGAGCAACAGAUCCCGGUUGCUGAACACCCGAAGUGCUGAUUCCACCAGCCAGGAAGUGGGCAUGAACAAGAAUGUAAAGAAGAGGCGUCCUAUCACCUUACAGCACCCUGAAGCCAAGUUCCUGCUGCCCCUGACUGAGAAAGAGCAAAUCAGCUACAACACUCGGAGGUUCCGCUUUGGACUGCCCUCGCCGGACCAUGCCUUAGGGCUUCCUGUAGGUAGCUAUGUUAAUCUCUUGGCCAGAAUUGAUGGUGUGUUGGUGGUCAGGGCUUACACGCCUGUGUCCAGGGAUGAGGAUCUAGGCUUUGUGGACUUGAUUAUCAAGAUCUACUUCAAAAAUGUACACCCUAAUCAUCCAGAAGGGGGGAAGAGGACUCAGUACUUGGAGAACAUGAAAACUGGGGACACCAUCCUUUUUCAAGGGCCAUCCGGGCGCCUGUUCUAUCAUGGGUCAGGGAAGUUUGCGUUCAAACCAUACAAAACGAGUGAGCUUGAAAAUAAACUGGUCCAUCACCUGGGAAUGAUUGCUGGGGCCACAGGGGUUACGCCCAUGCUGCAGCUCAUCCGCUGCAUCACCAAGAAGCCCAGUGACAAGACCAGGAUGUCCCUCGUCUGUGCCAACCAGACACAGGAGGAGAUCUUGGUGAGAAAGGAGCUUGAAGAAGUUGAUAGAACUCACCCAAAGCAGUUCAACCUGUGGUACACCCUGGACAGGCCUCCUGUUGGCUGGAAGUACAGUCUCUUCAUUACUGAGGACACGAUCAAGGGGCGUCUCCCUCCUCCCGGGAGGUUCUCGUUCAUCCUGGUGUGUGGCCCACCACCCCUGAUCCAGAGAGCCGUGCACGCUAACUUAGAGAAACUGGGUUACACCAAGGACAUGAUUUUCACCUACUAAUGCCUCCCUUGCUCUUAGCAAAUUUGCCUGGUCCCGUUCAUGUUUCACGGUGAGCUCAGCUUCACCAUGUUAUACUGGGAAGUGUUCAGAAGCCCCUCGUAAUGCGUCUUUGUGUACACUGGCACUCCCU